CGUGAGCUUUGAGAGCGCUACAAUGUAACAAAAGCAGCGGGAUGAAACAGUAAAAUAACGCGCGAGUGUAUGAAGCGCUGCGUUCACGCGGGACCUGAUUAACACCACACGCCACACACACACACACACAUACACACGCGCGCACACACACGCGCGCGCACCCCGGCGAGUUUAGUGGUUAAAGGGCUGAUAGCGGCUCGGGCUGUGAGUGAGUGAGCUCAGGAGGACCGCGCUUACAGAGACACCGACAGAGGAAUCUCCGCCGCAGCUGGACAGAGGACCGGAGGACCGGAGCGGGCCGACAUGGACGAGCAGCCGCGCCUGAUGCACGCUCAUGCGGCCGUGGGGAUGAGCGGACACCCGGGCCUGUCACAGCACAUACCGGACAACACCGGAGCCAACGACGGAGACGGAAGGAAGCAGGACAUUGGAGACAUUUUACAACAGAUCAUGACCAUCACUGACCAGAGUCUGGACGAGGCGCAGGCCAGAAAACAUGCUCUUAACUGCCACAGAAUGAAGCCAGCGCUCUUCAACGUCCUGUGUGAAAUCAAAGAAAAAACAGUGUUGAGUAUCCGUGGCGCUCAGGAGGAGGAGCCUCCCGACGCCCAGCUGAUGCGAUUGGACAACAUGCUGCUGGCGGAGGGCGUGUCCGGGCCGGAGAAAGGGGGCGGGUCUGCGGCGGCGGCGGCGGCGGCGGCUUCGGCUGGAGUCGGAGCUGAUAACUCAGCAGAACACUCCGAUUACAGAGCCAAACUCACCCAGAUCCGCCAGAUCUACCACACCGAGCUGGAGAAGUACGAACAGGCGUGUAACGAGUUCACGACCCAUGUGAUGAACCUGCUGAGAGAGCAGUCUCGCACGCGGCCCAUCUCGCCCAAAGAGAUCGAGCGCAUGGUCGGCAUCAUCCACCGCAAGUUCAGCUCCAUCCAGAUGCAGCUGAAGCAGAGCACCUGCGAGGCCGUCAUGAUCCUGCGCUCCCGCUUCCUCGACGCCAGGAGGAAAAGACGAAACUUCAACAAACAGGCCACAGAGAUCCUGAAUGAAUAUUUCUACUCCCAUCUCAGUAACCCGUAUCCCAGCGAGGAGGCCAAAGAAGAGCUGGCCAAGAAGUGUUCGAUCACCGUCUCGCAGGUGUCCAACUGGUUCGGAAACAAACGGAUCCGAUAUAAGAAGAACAUCGGAAAGUUCCAGGAAGAAGCCAACAUGUACGCGGCCAGAACGGCUGUGAACGCAGCGAGCGUGUCGGCACACGGCAGCCAGGCCAACUCCCCGUCCACUCCAAACUCAGCAGGUUCUGCUGGCUCUUUUAACAUGUCAAACUCUGGCGAUUUGUUUAUGAGUGUUCAGUCUCUGAACGGGGACUCGUACCAGGGCUCUCAGGUGGGAGCCAAUGUGCAGUCACAGGUGGAUACCCUUCGCCAUGUUAUCAGCCAGACAGGAGGAUACAGUGACGGCCUCGCAGCAAACCAGAUGUACAGUCCGCAGGGCAUCAAUGCGAACGGUGGCUGGCAGGACCCCACCACCCCGUCCUCCGUCACCUCCCCCACAGAAGGACCCGGAAGCGUUCACUCCGACACCUCCAACUGAUCCUCACACACACACACACACACACACACGGACUGUCUCCAUCCCCGCACCGCAUCUUCAGACGUCUCCAUGCUACCUCUCAGACCUCCACACCGCAGACAGCAGGACGUUUAGACCAGACACAUAGCGACCCUGCCUUCAUCGUCACGACAAACAUCACGUUAUGUUUGAAGCAUUUUUGCAAUUUUACCAUAGUGCCAAAGUACUUUUAUACAUCACUUUAGGAACUCGUUUUACAUUUACAAUAGACUUGUGCUUGAAAAAGCAGUUUGCACUGCGUCUGAGCUGAACUCGAUUUCCGUUCGUCUAAUAACCUUUGCUUUGAAUCUCCAGAUACUUGGUUUACAAAUAAAGGCAGCGUAGAUAUUAAAAACCAGUGCUGUCAGACUCUUUAAAAUGUGCGCUGCGUGUAUUUAUUACGUGUACGUAAAUGCAAACACAUGCAUGUAUAUAUUUAAGAAAAAUACGCCGUGUUUAUAUAUUAAAUAUAUUUAUAUUUAGCGUGAUAAUAUAAAUAUAUAAAUGUGUGCACAUUAAAAUAUAUAUGCGUGCGUAUUUACGUAUACACAAUAAAAUGAGCGCAGCACACGUGUUAUCGUUUGGCAGCACUGAUCACAAUAUUCAUUUCUAAAGGUUAUUAGCGCAACGUCACGCUUUCGAUUUAUUCACGCGAUCCUGACGAAUCUGUGACGUUUAUGCACAGAAUCCCUUUAUACAUCGUCGUCGUCUUCAUCAUCAGAAUGCAAUAAAAGGCAAUCAGAAGUGAACCGAUCCCAAAUGUGAAAUGGCUUUGUUUUUUCUUUUUUCCCUCCGGUUUCGUUCCACGUCAGGCUCCUCUCUCCCGGGGGGCCGACCUUGAUACCAAAAAACGCUCCUCCGUUCGCAUCGCAUCCUUCACGCUGUAAAUUGUGGCAAGAUGAAACCAAAAAAAAAAAAAAAAAAGAAAAACCCCAACACGGCACGCCAAUGCAGAAAUCGGUUCGGAUAUAUUUUUGAUGCCCUCCUGUCGUGAAAAGCCGAUUCUCGUUUCUGGCCACGCGUUUGAUUUUUCUCGCAGGCAUAAUGUGAAUGCGCGCUAGCUUCUAUAAGUAGAUGUGCACCUUUGCUCUUCUUUUGCUCUUUUCAUAACGAAGGCAUCUGGUUUCGGAGCUCUAGAUAGUUCGGCUCAUAGUCUUUUCUUUGGUUCGCCGUCUCGGAUCCCAUUUCAGCAGAAAAAGCCUCAUAUAAUGACGCUUUUAGUUUUUUGCAUAUACAGCUGUUUGUAAAACAUCAAAUGUUUACUUUGUUGCAUGUCUUUUGUUCUUUAAACUCCUGCAGUGUUUUUGAAUGUUUCUCUCUUCUUUUUUUUAUAUCAAGCGCAGAGACAUUCUCUUGUCAAGUUUUAACUUUUAAGAUCUCUGCAUAUGUAUAAAAGGAAUAAAAUGGAACAGCAAACUAUUGUCUUUUUGAUUCCAACUCGUUUUUGUGAAGAAAAACUAACAAGGUGUAGGUUUUUUGGUCUCUUAAUUUGUACUGGUAAUGCAUAUUCCAAAUAAAUAGUUUCUUUUGUUGCGAUA